AGCUGGAGCUUUUGUUCCCACUCACCCUCGUAUAUGUAUGUAUGUGUAUGUAUGUACUGGCUCCACUGGCGUGGCGUGAAUUUUGUACGUUCACUCCAGCUCCAUUUCCAUUUCCAAGCAGCCCAGCCAGCCGACCGUAGUAAAAUCCAGUUUUGAUAAAAAUAAACAAAGUGCGCUACACCGCGCUCUAUACGCUACACUAUGAGUUUCCAGCCUUUGCGGCAGGGUAACCUGGAAAAAGGAUCUGUGUUGGGGGCUAAGCGGGGCAGGGUAGAAAGAUCACUUAGGAUACUUUUCCCUGAGAGAGAAUGACAUGUCCGCUCAAGUCUCUGGACGGACGUCUAGAAUGCUAUAACCUCUUUCUGUGGCAGAGCAUAUUGGAUUCGUUACGGCGGGCCCACAACGGCGAAGUUAACAACCGUAAAAAGCGCAAAUACGACACAGCGAGUUGCGACCAGCGGAAGCUUAACAUCCGGAUAAUAUUGCCAGGCGGUUCAGUUGUUGUUCUGCUGCCUCGCCUGUUUCUCUUCUUCUUCUUCAUGGUCUUCGGUUCGUGGCAAAGCCUGUUGCUCAAGCCUCUCUCCUUCUCCUUCCCGUCUUCUCAGCCUCUGCCUCUGCCUCCGCCACCGUCUCCGUCCGCUCUUUCCACGAUUCUCUCUCGGCACCGCCAAAAGUGCUGGCUGAGCGCUUGAGCUGCGCGAGUCGCUUGCCGGGAAAAUCGGAACUGGAAUUGGGUAUCGGGAUUGGAUAUUGGCAACUCGGAUCUGGACAUGGAGCU